AUGGAUUCUCACCCUCAUUUCUCAGACAUUUCUCUUGAUGAACUCUUAUCUGCCUUUGAAACUGUUGAUUCUAUCCAUGAUGACACUUUGUCGGCCCAGCCAUUUGAUCUACAGAACGCUCUGGAUGGCCUUUCCAAUCAACUUCACUUGCCUGAUGCCUGGUUCCCUGAUGGUGUGUUUCCGACUUUCGAGAUGGAACCCCCGAGUGCUCCGCCACAGGAUCUCGAGGCCACAUUAGCAACUCUGUUCGAGAACGUACCGCUUGAUGCGCAAUUUGAGAGCAUAUCGCUUCCGGUUCCUAGUGACUCGGUGGAACCUAAUACCUGGGACGACACUACGUUCGACCAAAUACUCCGGUCUCUCGCUUCCGAUUCUACAGUAUCUGCUUCGCUUGAACAGCCUUCGUUGACUGACCUGAGUUCAUUUCUUUCGCAACCAUCUACCACGCCACAGUUCGCCUCUUAUGGAGAUCUGGUUGCCUCUAUUGACUUUGCUAUACAAGGAUCAUCUGAUGCGACGAGUCUAGGCAACUUUCAGUCUUUCGGCGACGCGUUCAGCACAAACACACUCAACAGCGACGCGUUCGGCACAGACGGGUUCAACACGGACGGGUUUGCCACGGAUACGUUCACCGCGGGCGCGUUCUCCGGAGAUGCGUUCGAUAUAGAUGCGUUCCCCGCAGACGCGUUCAGCACAGAUGCGUUUACCGCAGAAUUUUUCGCCACAGAUGUGUUCACCGCAGAUGUGUUCAGCACAGACGCGUUCAGCACAGAUGCAUUCACCGCAGACGCAUUUCCCAUAGAAGCGUUCGACAUAUCUAACGUACAGGAUCCCGGUGAUUAUUUCUCCAUUGAUCAGUUAAACGCUCCAUCUGGCCAUGACGCGUCGGCAGCAGAUGAAGGACAGCCGCCAGAAGCAUGCCACUCUCCAGACGCGGGUGCUUCGCAGCUCCAAACUAACCCUACAUCACAACCUUCUGUAGAUUUAGAACCAACGCCGCUGGUACCCGAAGUUUCUGAGGGUGGCUCAGACGCAUCUAGCUCACAAUUACUACCACCCCUCAGCGAUGAGGAGGUGGAGUCCAUCCUUCGCGAGAAGCUCCGUAUUCAAGAGCCUACCAAACUUGACCUGUGGGCGCUUCCCGACCCUCCUGUAGGAGAGCCGCCGCGUUAUCCCUCCAGGACACUGGGUUGCCUUGCGAUAUGGGGGAGCCCGCACAAACGACUCCAGCUGCAGGAAAUAUACCAGGCCCUGAUCGACCGGUUCAGUUGGUACAAAGAGCAUCCCAAUGACAAAACCUGGAGAGAGAACAUCCGCAACGCGUUGACGAGGACGUAUCUAUUUCAGCCUGCCAAAGAAGACGGCACUCCGGUUUAUGGUAAAGGUGGCAAAGCCUGGUGGCAGAUAGACGGCAGGGCCAACAAGGGUGUCAAGAGGUCACAGGGUUUGAAGAUCAAGAAGCCAGUUCGACGCAAGGCACACCGUGAUCCCAACAUCCCGAUUUUUCUGCCGCCGCGACCGAGCGGUGAGGAGGUGGAGGCCGUACUCCGCAAAGAGUUCAAGAUUCCUCAAUAUAUAAAGCUCGACCUUUGGGCCCUCCCCGACCCACCUGCGGGGCAGCUGCCACGCUUUCCAUACAGGAUACUCAUCUGCCUUGCGAUAUGGGGUAGCCCGCAGAAGCGGCUUCAGCUACGGGAUAUCCGGCAGGCUUUAAUGGACCGAUUCGAAUGGUACAGGGAACAUCCAGACGACAAAACGUGGAGGGAGAAUAUCCGCAACGCGCUGGUGAAGAUAUACUGGUUCCGAUCUGUCGACGAAGAUGGUAUUCCCAUUGCUGGUGGUGUAGGUAAAACGGUCUGGUGGGAGAUAGACGUCUGGGCUGAGAGGGGCUCGAAACAACACCCAAGAGACAAAGAUUAAAACCGCAACCUCUUUUUGCUGCGAAUGCGGGAUAAACCUGACAAGCACCUCGCAGAGCGCUGACGAUGCUUGCGAGAUGUCGCUACCUAGCCUCCACGUUCCCCCGUCAGAUGUCGACAAGACGGAAACGUCCAGGGUAGAAGGAAGGAGGAAGAAGUGCCAGACAUGGAAACCGGCGCGAAUGCAUCCCAGGUGUCGUCGAUUGAGGCCAUUGGCCCUCCGUGGCAGUCGGUCCGACUCAGCCUGGUUCUUGCACCUCUCGAGUACCCGUGUUUUCUUGUGUCACAUCAUGUACCAUGAUCUAUGCCAUGAUCUAUGUCAUUUUAUGUAACUCAG